AUGCUUAGACGUGCUUCCAGACCCUUUUCUGUUGCGGCCAGAUUGGCCAAGUGGAACGAAAUCCCAUUGGCUCCUCCAGACAAGAUUCUCGGCAUUUCCGAAGCGUUUCAAAGAGACGCCAACUCCAAGAAAAUCAACUUGGGUGUGGGCGCUUACAGAGACAACUCUGGCAAGCCAAUUGUGUUCCCCUCCGUGAAGAAGGCCGAGAAGAUUCUCUUGGAGAAGGAAACCGACAAGGAAUACACGGGCAUCAUUGGAUCCAAGGCCUACCAAACGGCUGUGAGAAACUUUAUUUUCAACAACUCGGGCAAAGACGUGAGCGGCGCCAAGUUGAUCAAAGACAACCGUAUUGUGACGGCUCAGACCAUCUCGGGAACCGGUUCCUUGCGUGUGAUUGCCGACUUUUUGGUGCGUUUCUACUCGUCCAAGCAUAUUCUUGUGCCUAAGCCUUCUUGGGCCAACCACGUUGCUGUUUUCUCCGAUGCUGGAAUGUCCACGGAGUUCUACACAUACUACGACGUCAAGGCCAACGGCUUGGACUUUGAGCUGUUGAAGUCUUCUCUUUCCGCUGCCGCAGACGAGUCUGUCGUUUUGUUGCAUGCUUGUUGCCACAACCCAACCGGAAUGGACUUGACUCCAGAACAGUGGGACGAGGUUUUGGCCAUUGUGCAAGAGAAGAAGCUUUUCCCAUUGGUGGACAUGGCGUACCAAGGUUUUGCCUCGGGCUCGCCUUACAAGGACAUUGGCUUGGUCCGUAAGAUGAACAAGUUGGUGGCUGAGGGUAAGAUCAACAGCUACGCCUUGUGCCAGUCUUUUGCCAAGAACAUGGGCUUGUACGGUGAAAGAACCGGCUCUGUUUCCAUUGUCACCGAGUCCGGCGAGCAAUCUGCUGCAGUCGAGUCGCAAUUGAAGAAGCUUAUCCGUCCUAUGUACUCGAACCCACCUAUUCACGGCUCGAGAAUUGUCGAGACCAUUUUCAGCGACGAGGCUCUUUUGAACGAGUGGUUGGCCGAUUUGGACGCGGUUGUGUCGCGUUUGAACGUUGUCAGAGACAAGUUGUACGAGAAAUUGGACAAGUCCAACUACAACUGGGACCACUUGUUGAAGCAAAGAGGUAUGUUUAUCUACACCGGUUUGAGUGCUGAGCAGGUUGUGGAAUUGAGAGAAAAAUACUCGGUUUACGCCACCGAGGACGGCCGUUUCUCCAUUUCCGGUGUUAACGAGCACAAUGUGGACUACUUGGCCGAUGCCAUCAACCAGGUGAUUAAAAAGUAA